AAGAAAAACCCCAAUGGCUUCUUCUGCGACUCUGCCAUCUGAGUUCUAAGUUCUCAGUUCCGCCGCCCACCUACUCCGCUUUACCGUUUGGAACUAAAACCUCCGCCACCGUCGAUCGCCGUGAAGAUUGAGAGAGAGAGAGAAAGAUUGAUUGAUCGCGAUGGCUUUUGCUGCUUUCACUAACUUGUCUUCUUUCUCUCUCUCUAACUUCAAUCAGAAUCGUUCAUUUCAGUCAUCGCCUUCACAUUUGCUUCAAUUGCGAAUCUCCGCUUCUCCAGUUUUCACCUCAUCUUCCACUGGUAUCAAGGCCAAUGGACUUUCUCUCACUUGUCGAAAUGACCGUCGCGAUCUCAGUAACCGUCGACAGCUGUUUUUAGUGUCUUCGUUUGGUGGUGGUGGUGAUGACGGCGGUGACUCUUCUUCGCGUGGUGGAGGAGGUGGCGGCGGUGAUGAUCAUGGUGAUGAAGGGGAUUCUGGUAAUGCUGGUGAUAAGAAUAAGGCGGAGGCGCUUUUGGUGUUGGCUGAGGCUGGUCAGUCACUGGAAAGUCUACCGAAAGAUUUGGCAGUGGCGAUCGAGGCCGGUCGAAUUCCUGGAUCGGUGGUUACGAAGUUUUUGGAGCUUCAGAAAUCUGCUAUUAUGCGAUGGCUGAUGCAGUUUGGUGGAUUCAAGGAGCGUUUGUUGGCGGACGAUUUGUUUCUGGCGAAGGUUGGGAUGGAAUGCGGCGUUGGAGUCUUCACUAAGACUGCUGCAGAGUAUGAACGCCGAAGAGAAAAGUUCUUUGACGAGCUCGAGAUUGUUUUUGCUGAUGUGGUAAUGGCCAUCAUUGCAGAUUUCAUGCUUGUUUAUCUUCCUGCUCCGACUGUUUCUCUCCGACCACCACUUUCAGUGAAUGCUGGAGCAAUUACAAAGUUCUUCCAUGGAUGUCCUGAUAAUGCUUUCCAGAUUGCUCUCUCUGGAACUUCGUACUCAUUAUUACAGAGAUUUGGUGCAAUAGCGCGUAAUGGAGCUAAGCUUUUUGCAGUUGGCACCACUUCAUCACUGGUUGGUACAGCUGCUACAAACGCAUUAAUCAAUGCAAGGAAGGCUAUUGAUAAGAACGGUGGAGCUGAAGUCGAAAAUGUGCCCAUACUUUCCACCAGUGUUGGCUACGGUGUCUACAUGGCUGUCUCCAGCAAUCUCAGGUAUCAAGUUGUGGCUGGUGUGAUUGAACAACGAAUUUUGGAACCCAUGUUACACCAACACAAACUCCUGCUGAGUGCAAUCUGCUUUGCUGUUAGGACAGGCAACACAUUCCUUGGCUCACUCUUGUGGGUGGACUAUGCCCGUUUGAUAGGAGUUCAGUAGUGAAUGCUAAUGUAUUCCGUAGGUUUGGUUUUCAUUAUUAAUGAACGUCAGGAAGGUUCCAUUUUACAAUUUAUGUUCAAUUGUUGUUUCUUUUUUCGUGGCAUUUUCAUUUUUGGUUUUCGUUUCUUCUCUUCCACUAUUGGAUGUGUUGUGUAAUGUAGGGUUAGCCGGACAGAGAUAGGAAUAACAAAGGAAAUGCAGUGAACUUUGUUUGAGUUUUAAAGAUAAUUUUGAUAAAGCUUCCAUGAAUAUAUGGAGCUAUGAAAGUAAAUUAUCAAAUAAAUUUGUAUGUUUUGUCUGCUUUUA